ACUAAUCUACCAUGGCCGACCAGCGACAGCGCUCACUCUCUACCUCUGGGGAAUCGCUGUACCAUGUUCUGGGGCUGGACAAGAACGCAACCUCAGACGACAUUAAAAAGUCCUACCGGAAACUGGCCCUGAAAUAUCACCCGGACAAGAACCCUGACAACCCAGAGGCUGCGGACAAGUUCAAGGAGAUCAACAACGCACGUACCAUCCUCACGGACGCCACAAAGAGGAACAUCUACGACAAGUACGGCUCGCUGGGGCUCUACGUGGCUGAGCAGUUUGGGGAGGAGAACGUCAACACCUACUUCGUGCUGUCCAGUUGGUGGGCAAAGGCCCUGUUUGUCUUCUGCGGGCUCCUCACCUGCUGCUACUGCUGCUGCUGCCUGUGCUGCUGCUUCAACUGCUGCUGCGGGAAGUGCAAGCCCAAGGCGCCCGAGGGCGAGGAGACCGAGUUCUACGUGUCCCCCGAGGACCUGGAGGCGCAGCUGCAGUCGGACGAGCGGGAGGCCACAGACACACCGAUUGUCAUACAGCCAGCGUCCGCCACAGAGACCACUCAGCUCACAGCCGAGUCCCACCCCAGCUACCACACCGACGGGUUCAAUUAAGUUCAGGAGAAGCUGUGAUGUGCGGAUCAAUCAGCACCCGGCCACUUCGACCUGAGAAUCAUGAACUGUUGGGCACCGCCGGGCUGUCAGGUCGCUGCCGUGAGCUGCCACGCGGUGUGUCCCCAGCAGGUGGGAGGGGCCGCCCGCUCUGUGCUCCGGCACCGCGGGUACUGCCUGCAGAGCUGUGGGUCUGGUCCAGGAGGGGCCGCAGGCAGGGCCUCUCCGCACUGUGACGUCCCGGGUGUUGGUGGCAAGGACACUUAGUGCAGCUGCUGCUCACCUUGUGUGCAUGGCCUUGUGGCGGGGCUUUUCCGAGGGUGAGUGUGUUGUGGGGACCGGGAGCUUCUGAUGUGAGGCCUCCUCCUGGCCUGGGUCUAGCCCGAGUCCCCUGUGCCACGAGCUGGGUCGAUAGCCACAACCAGCGUCUCCCCUCUCCCUUCUCUGUGUCAGCCUCCACAUUCCUCCAGGUUGAGUUAGAACUAAUUUGCUGAAGCCAGGCCUCUCUGUAACCAUCUUGGAUGUGGAAGCACCACCGUGGCAGCUGCGGCCCAGACAGUCAGUCAGGCUGAGUCCAGGCUGCCGGUGGCGCCUGGCUGCCCAGCCUCCUCUCUGCUUCCCCAGCCCCUGCCCACCCUCUUCCUUCAGCUGCUCCUCAGCCAGAGGCAGAGGCAUCAGGGUCCUGGGGAAGGACCCGCUGGAUCAAAGGCACACUCGGCCUGGGAGCCGUGGGCCCGGGGAGCCUGGCGCCCUUGGCUUGUUAGCCAGCAGCCAGACCAGGAUCUCACUGCUGUGGCGGGCAGAGCCUUUUGUGAACUGCUGGAAGUCUGUCCUUCCUUCUGUCCCAGGCCUGGUGGGUGGCGCCCCUGCUUCGGGGGACUGAGGAGGUGUGAGUUACGUUGUACCAAAUAGCAGAUUCCCUACUGGCCCUACACCCAGCUUCUGGAGGCUCAAGGGCCCCGCAUGGGCCGGUGUCUGCAGAAUGAAUGUUCUCGCUGCUCCUGUGUGUCCCGGGAGAGUGAGGGACAAGCUCGGGAAGGCUGGGCGGCAUGGUUCCCUGGCUGGGCCGAACCAGACAUGUUCCUGAAGCCACUGUUCUCCCCUGUGGCCCUUGCUGCCCACCAGGCUGUGCUAGCUAGAGCUGUGUGUGGGGGCCUGGCCACUCGCAGAACCCUCAGUCCUAGGGCCCCUCCCGCUGGCCCUCCUGCAGGCCAGCCUGGGACCUGGGCAGCUGCUUGGUCCCAUUGUGGUUUUUUGUUCAUUGUCGUGAUCAUGAAGAUGUUCAGUGAGAGGAUAGCCCUGCACUGUGAUGUUGAGUCAGAACUAAUUUGCUAAAACCAGGCCUCUCCUAAAAGGAUGAGAAAUGCAUUGUUUGACCCACCGGGGAGCGAGGGCGGAGGCGAGAGCCGGCCCUCUCCUGUGCCGACCCGGCUCCGCAGCCCAGGAUUCAGCCUGAGCUCCUGGCCGCCUUGGGACGCUUCUGGAAGUGGUUUAGGAAAUGAGUUGCUUUCCCCAGAAUGACCAGGAACCCAGUUUAAAUCUCCACCCAGCCAGGCCCUCCAUGUGUGUCACGGCGUCCCCGCCAGGUGUCUGCCGGCGGCCGCCGCGUUGUGUUGCUCUUCGGGGCAGGCCUCAGCAUCCCUAAAACGAGACCGCGGUGAUGGUGCUGCAGACCGCGGCGGCCCUGAGGGCAGGCCCCUUCGAGUGUUCGGUGGUCGCUUUCAAGACGAAGGCCCCGGUGCAUUUCCCUCUUCUGCCUGGUCCGUUUUUGGUGAGCAGAGUUCUUGCGCCUGGAGAGGCACUGGUUCGAAUGCUAAGUGGGGGGCAACCGUGUGCCUUCCAGAGCUGGGCCAGGUGUGGCCAGUGCUGGUGUCCGACGGCAGGUAGUGUGUGUGGCCCGGGGGUGUUGGGGUCUGUGUCAGAGGAAGCCCAUCCGACUGGCCAAGGCAGGGCUGGCCUGACGGGCAGCCAGUGCGGUGGACGCCCUCAGGAAGCAUGUCUGAUGGCAGCUGCUGGUGUGUAGGCUUCUGCUCUGCUCAGUGAUGGGUCUCGCCUUGUCUUCCUUUUGGCUCUGUUCUCGUUUCAAACUGCUUUAGACAUUUCCACGUGUGGGUGAGCCUCCCCCCCACUGUCCCGUCCGUCAGUGCAGCCGCACCGCUGGGACCUGGCAGAGGAAGAGGUCAGAGCGGCUGUGGUUAGAGCAGGCGGUGUCUUCAUCCUCGAUGUUCUAGGGGGCGGUCUGUGCCUGAGGAGCCCACACGGUGCUGCCAGCCACCGGGCUCGGGUGGGGCGGGGCGGGGCCUGUCUGUCCCUUCUGGCUGUCAUCUUGGUGCAUCUCCCAGGGGCAGUGGGGAUGGGCGUGAGGCAGGGGCUGACCGCAUUCCUUCCUCACGUUCUCAGCUGUGACCCCCUGCGACCAGGACUCACCUGCUUGCUUUGUUAGUUUGGUUGCGAACCUUCCGCCUGUGGAAUUGGCCAAAGCUGCAUCUUUGCAGUCCUGACAGGCACGGUUAGUCUGUGCUGCAGGUGUGGGCGGUGGUGCAUCUCCGUGUGUGUACAUAUGUGUAUAUGUAUAUAUCGCGCAGCAGGACUGGCUGCCGCUGUCCAGUGACAACGCAGCAAGUACAAUAAAAGUUGGCUCCAACACAGCCUGUUUCUUGACGAGUCCGGGCAGGAGGGGGUCCUGAGAGCUCUUCUGCUGGCUGCUCAGGAAACAGCACUGAUGCCGCCGUGUACCUAGAGUUUGGGUGGAUGGCUGGGCGGGCGCCUGAGCCCACUGCAGUGUCAGCUUACCCGGGGUAGGGUGCCCGUCAUGGUCACCUGAACCACAGGUGAUUGUCCCUGUGUGACAUCUGGGAGGUGGUAGAAACCCAUUCCACUUCGGAACAUUUAAAACCAAUUUUCUAAGCAUCAGAUACAAUCAGUGACCAACUGCAUUCUAAACAGUCUCUGUUGGGACCACAAAUUGGGUCGGGGGUCGCGGGGAGGAGCAGGGCCGUGCUGCCCCCGCUCCAAGAGGGGUGGCCUGGUCCUAGGCACACCUUCGAUUUUGUUUCCCUGGAAAAUGGACUCAUGUUUCACGCUAAGUGAGGGGAGGCAGUUUGCACUGAAAUAUGUUGACGUUGUUUUUUAAAACUGAAGUGCAAUGCAUGGGAAGCAUUGUCCGCACUGGCUUUGUCCUGUGAGUGGAGCCUGGUGGAGCUGGGGCGCCUCAGGCCCUGACCCCACGGGCACACCCAGGGCCAGGCAGAGGGCUAGGAUGUUUCCCCACAGUGACCUCCAUCUUGUAUGUCUGAAUGUUGACCUAGAAUAAAGAUAACUGUUGUAAAAUAAAUGUUUUCACUGCAGAC